AUGGAUAUUUGGUCCCUAGCGAAACAAAAACUAGAUGGGAAUGAAGAGAAGCUCUCAAAUGUGGAAAAAAAGAUGGAGGACAAGAAUGACGAAGAGGGUCGCGCUAGAAAAGGCACAAGUCAUUUGAUAGUUUGCGGAAAUCCUCAGUCGGGAAAAUCGACUAUGAUCAACAACUUUCUCGAUAAGAGCGAAGAGCCCAAAGAAACCGUAGCGUUGGAGUACAUGUACGCGAGAAGAACAAGAGGAAAUAACAAGGACAUUUGUCACAUUUGGGAGCUUGGAGGUGGGGCAGAUCUCACUCAACUACUAGCUAUUCCACUUACCAAGGAGAAUAUCGAAUCCGCUACUCUAGUUGUUGUACUGGACUUGACCCGACCAAAUGAGCUAUGGAUCACUAUGGAAACGUUAAUAGCUGAAGCAAGGCGGCAUUGCGAAACAGCCAUUAAACUUCUUCAUCAAAAUGAAGAAAUGGCGAUAAGACACCGCAUGAAAACCAGGAUUUCGAUGAGUAAGGUGAUAAACUUGAAUCAUAGGACUUUUCUUAGUUUACUAUUUCUUUUCCAGAAUUUGGACUCGGAGCAACGGCGUAGAAUAUGCACAACACUCCGCUUUAUUGCCUUUUACUACGGAGCUCAUUUGAUGGUAGGUUCUUAUCAAUACCCCUGGAACAAACACAUUGGAUUCAACGUAUUUAGUCACUUCGGCUUUGGAUCAUCUGUACCGAAAGCAAAAGUUAUCGAUCACAAUAAGCCAAUCUACAUCACUAGUGGAACCGACACAGUCGAGGUGAACUCAUGUCAACUCAAGCGUUCAAAAAUAGAUGACAUUCGAAUAUUGCAAGACUUAAUGUCCUUCGCUAGGCAUAUUCAUUUACCACGUAUUUUUAUCUUAAAGACGACAACUGUUAUAAUUUGUUGUCUGCUUUCCCUGUUCGCGAAGAAUCCUUUGCAGGAUCACUGA